GAUAGCUCUCCCCGCGUUCGCCUUCGCCGGUGAUCUUCCGGCCGGUAACUGCGGUUUUCAUCCCUGGACUCAUAAUAUUCAUACUAUCAGCCUUUAUCUUCUCUCACCCACAUUCCCCUGCUUCUAGUGAUGGGGGCUCCGUUCGAGGGAAUUGUAAAGGAUUUAAAAGGAAGGGCAGCGUGCUAUAAACAGGAUUGGAUAUGUGCACUAUGUUCAGGCGUCAGGAUUUUAGCUCCUACUAUGUACAUUUUCUUCGCCUCAGCUCUACCUGUUAUUGCCUUCGGGGAGCAACUUAGUAGAGAUACAGGUGGAAGAUUGAGCACUGUGGAAACAUUAGCCUCAACUGCGCUGUGUGGAAUUAUCCACUCAAUCUUUGGGGGACAGCCUUUGCUGAUUUUAGGUGUGGCAGAACCAACAGUUAUAAUGUACAUUUACUUGUACAGUUUCUGCGAAGGCCGGCCAGAUUUAGGAGGCAAGCUCUUUAUAGCUUGGGCUGGAUGGGUAUGCAUCUGGUCAGGAGUAUUCCUGAUUCUCCUUGCAAUCUUUAAUGCUUGCAACAUCAUUACCAAAUUUACAAGAGUAGCGGGGGAAUUAUUUGGCAUGCUUAUUGCUGUUCUUUUCUUUCAAGAGGCAAUAAGGGGACUGAUCAGCGAAUUCCAGAUUCCCAAGUCAGAAAAGCCAGAGCUCUUGGAGUACAAAUUUGAAUGGUUGUAUACAAAUGGUUUGCUGGCAGUAAUUUUUUCUGUCGGUCUACUCUUCACAGCAUUGAAAAGCAGAGGUGCAAGAUCAUGGAAAUAUGGCACUGGCUGGUUCCGGAGUUUCAUUGCAGAUUAUGGGAUUCCACUUAUGGUCGUGUUCUGGACCGCAUUGUCAUAUGGAGUUCCCGGCAAAGUUCCAGAUGGAGUUCCAAGGAGACUCUUUUGUCCAUUACCAUGGGAACCAGCCUCAUUGUACCACUGGACUGUAGUGAAGGACCUGGGGAAGGUUCCAGUGACGUACAUCUUUGCUGCUGCUCUGCCUGCCGUGAUGAUAGCAGGCCUAUACUUUUUUGACCACAGUGUUGCAUCACAACUGGCUCAACAGAAAGAGUUUAAUCUUCAAAAUCCAUCUGCAUAUCACUAUGAUGUAUUCUUGCUCGGGAUUAUGACUUUGAUUUGUGGAUUGCUUGGAUUGCCUCCUUCUAAUGGCGUCCUCCCACAGUCCCCAAUGCAUACCAAGAGUCUCGCAGUGCUUAAACGGCAGUUGUUUCGGAAAAAAAUGGUAAAGAGGGCAAAGGAAUGUAUAAAACAAAAAGCGAGCAACUCUGAAAUUUAUGGAAAGAUGCAUGCCGUGUUCAUUGAAAUGGACGCAGCUCCUGUUCCUAAAGAUCUAGAAACCUUGACAAAGGCAGUAAUGAAUGCCGAUGAAGGUGAUCAAAAGGGAAAAUUCGAUGCUGAGAAAAAUAUUGAUCCUUACUUGCCUGUUCGUGUGAAUGAGCAAAGAAUGAGCAACUUGCUGCAGUCUUUCCUUGUUGCUGCAUCAAUAUUCGCUAUCCCUGUAAUGAAAAUGAUACCCACAUCAGUUCUUUGGGGAUACUUUGCUUACAUGGCCAUUGAUAGUCUCCCAGGAAAUCAGUUCUGGGAAAGGAUGUUGUUGCUCUUCAUUACACCUAGUCGGCGUUUCAAAGUCUUGGAGGGGUCUCAUCUAUCUUUCGUUGAAUCUGUGCCAUUCAAGAUCAUUGCUUCCUUUACGCUCCUUCAGUUUGCAUAUUUCUUGUUGUGCUUUGGUGUAACAUGGAUACCUGUAGCUGGGAUCAUGUUCCCACUGCCAUUUUUCCUCCUCAUUAGCAUAAGAGAGCAUCUGCUUCCUAAGUUCUUCAAGCAUAGCCAUCUUCAAGAGUUAGAUGCUUCAGAAUAUGAGGAGAUUGAAGGUGCUGGACAUCGCCCAAUGAAUCUCACAGCACCGGAAAAGGAGCCACCUGAUACGAUUGCUGAAGAGAGCAAUGAAGAAUACUAUGAUGCCGAGAUAUUAGAUGAGAUGACAACUCAUAGAGGAGAAUUAAAGCUUAGAACUGUAAGUUUCAAAGAAGAAAGAUCGUUUCAGGUUCAUCCUGAAGAUUCCCUUCGAAUGUGAAGCAGAUGAAAGCAAAUAGGAAGGAUAAAGAGCGCGUUUGAUCAAAGAUUCAAUACAACGUUGAUUAUGACAAUCGGUUUGCGAUCAAUAUAGGAGAGUAUACGGAAAGACAUUUUUCUUCUCAUAUAGUGGACUGCUAACUCAAAACCAAUUCAUUAUAUAAAACUACACAUGAAAGAAAAAAAGAAGGAUAACAGAAAAGAUUUAAAUCAAGGAUUUGAGAUUUAUUCAAUUUACUGUAGGAAAAGCUUUUAGAGAAUUGAAUUCACAAGCUUUAGCCAUUCAUUGAUUUGAUUUAUUCUUUGUGACAUUGGACGGUGGGGAUUGGUUAAUAAGAAGAUUAAGGCAAGAGAGAGAAUGGUCUUUCAGACACUAAAAUGUGUGCGAAGAUGUAGUUUUUUUUUUUUUUUUUCUUUUCUAAAUAUUGUUUUUUUGUUUUUAUUUUUUGUUUUGUUUUUAUUUUGUUUUUUGGGGUUCAUUUUAUUAUAUGGCUUUUCAGCCAACUAUAAAUAUAUGGUGAAUAUAGAAUCUUAUAUUACACCCGUUUCAAAUUUUA